AUGGAUCAGUUGAAUGUUAAAGAACAACAAGAGUUUCAACAAAUUGUUGAGCAAAAACAAAUGAAGGACUUCAUGAGAUUGUACUCCAACUUGGUCUCUAGAUGUUUUGAAGAUUGCGUGAACGACUUCACUUCUGCAAACUUGACCUCCAAGGAGUCUUCAUGUAUCUCAAAGUGCUCCGAGAAGUUCUUGAAGCACAGUGAAAGAGUUGGUCAAAGAUUCCAGGAACAAAAGUAUGUAUUAUCCUCCUCACUUACACCUACAAGAAAGUUGAACUAA